AUGAUCAAACCCAUUCUGAAAGCACUCCUCACCAGCCUGACAAUACGACCCGCUCGGACAGCACACCCCGUCCUUCGGCAUGCAUUUCUUCUCGCCACAGGGCACCUCGCCAAGAUCGCAAGUGAUUUCAUCGCCGCAGACAUGUCCAAUGGGGCAGCACCCGUCCGCGACGCAAGAGAAGCCCUGCUUGCAGAACCCCCCGCCGCCGUCGGUACAGCACACUCCCACGGAGGGCAUGCAGCCGUCGUUGCAGACUAUCUCGCCGGGACGGCAUUGGGCGGCGAUGACGACGGCGGAGGCGUCUUGGAAGUGAGAGGAGGCGUCUUGGAAGGGGGAGGAUGGCGAUAG